CCAACACAUCAAAAAUUAAACGGCACUAUCACCUCAGAUCCGAUUCAACCGUAGUACCUCUCUCUAUUUUUUCUUUUUUUCUUCCCCCACUGAUCAUCAUACUGAAAAGGCGAAAAAAGAAAAACAAAAGAAAAAAAAGAAAAAAAAAAACAUUUUAAAACAAUUCAAUGGCAGCAGUGGCAAAGAUCUUCGAACUCAACAAUGGCAGCAUGCAAGUGAAAGUCUCCAAUUACGGAUGCACCAUCACCUCCUUAUUCGUUCCAGACAAAGAUGGGAAAUUGGGUGAUGUUGUUCUUGGAUUUGACACAAUCGAGCCGUAUCAGAGAGGUGCUGCUCCGUAUUUUGGGUGCAUAGUGGGUCGGGUGGCGAACAGGAUCAAAGAAGGGAAGUUUACACUGAAUGGAACUGAGUACUCAUUGCCUAUCAACAAGCCACCAAACAGUCUCCAUGGUGGACAAAAGGGAUUCGACAAGGUCAUCUGGGAAGUUGCUGAGUAUAAGCAGGGUGAUACUCCAUCGAUAACCUUUAAAUAUCACAGUCAUGACGGAGAAGAAGGCUAUCCGGGCGAUGUUUCUUUCACGGCAACUUACACACUCACAUCGAAAACCACAAUGAGGCUCGACAUGGAAGGCAUCCCCAAAGACAAGGCAACACCAAUCAGCUUAGCCCAACACACCUAUUGGAACCUAUCGGGCCACAAUUCCGGGAAUUCAAUCCUCGACCACACGAUCCAAAUAUGGGCCAAUCACAUCACACCCGUCGAUCAGAAUAUCGUGCCAACUGGCGAGAUCCUGGCCGUUAAAAACACUCCGUUCGAUUUCACCGCCGAGAACACUAAGAUCGGCAGUAGAAUCCAAGAGGUUGGAAUCGGGUACGACCAUAAUUACGUGCUCGACUGUGGGGAGGAGAAAUUAGGGUUGAAGCGUGCUGCGAAGUUAGUGGACCCCACUAGCUCGAGGACUCUGAAUCUGUGGACGGAUGCACCUGGUAUGCAAUUUUACACCGCCAACUAUGUGAAUGGUAUUGUUGGUAAAGGUGGAGCUGUGUAUGAGAAGCAUGGUGCUGCUUGUCUUGAGACGCAAGGGUUUCCUAAUGCAAUUAACCAACCGAAUUUUCCUUCGGUUGUUGUUCAACCGGGGGAGAAGUACAAGCAUACCAUGUUGUUUGAGUUUUCGGCUGAGUAAGGGUAUAACGGUAAUUUUCAUAUGUUUUAUGACAAUCUGUGCUGGAUUUUUAUGCUGGGAAUAAGUGGACGAUUUGGAUGUAACCGAGUAGUUUCUUUUGCAGGAGUUUAGUGAGUGACUUAUGAACGUUUUGAACCGCUUUAGGUUCGACUUUUAUAUAUUUAUACUUCUUUUUUCGUUUUAA